UGUUCCAAAAAAUGCGCAUAUGCUAAUUGUUGUGUCCUUUUUGGAACGCGUGGGCGAGACCAUAUAUAGACUUAUACUGCCCGUCUGUCAUUCACCGGAGAGAUGGCGCUCCGCUGAGAUGCGUCUGCAUGACUCAGGCGGACAGCAUGCAGUGUCGCAGGGUACGCUCGAUCCUGCAGCUCUUCCUGCUGGCCACGCUCGUCUUCACCGUGGUGUACCUGCUCAACAGCAGCCAGCCGAGCAUACAUACUCUCGUGACGGAGACGCACCGCCAGCUCAACAGUCUGAAGCACAUCAACCUCAAGGACUCGCUGCGCUCCUCUGAGCCGCGUCUGAAGGUGGACAACAAGUACCUGGUGGCGCUAGGCUUCACCCGCGCGCCGCGGCUCUACCCGGCCGACGUGUGGACCAAUGUCACGCUGCCCGUCGUCGUCACAGCCGCGCGGUCGGGUCAGGGCGAGAGCGUGACCGGUUUGGUGCUGAGCGCGCGCCGCCACCAGCCCCAGCUGACCGUUAUCGUGUACGACCUGGGCCUGGGCCGCUACGAGCGUCAGCAGCUGCAGGCCAGCUGCAACAGCUCUAUGUGCUGGCUGCAGCCGCUCCUGUUCGCCGACUACCCGUCCCAGCUGGACGAGGCCAAGACGCGGGCCUUCGUGCCGGUGGUGAUCCAGGAGGUGCUGAAUAAGGCCGGUGCGGUGCUGUGGCUGGAUGCUGGCCGCCGCCUGCUGCCGGGCAGCCCUGUGCGGCUGGUGGAGCGCGCGCGCCAGCUGGGCGUGGUGGCCUGGCCGCUGCGGCUCCAGGAGACCGAGGACGAGCCAGCGCCCGUGCCCACCACCGCCUUCACGCACUACAAGAUGUUUAACUACUUCAACGCCAACGUCGAGCAGUUCUAUUUCCACAAGAUGGUGUCUGAUGAGGCGCUGAUCAUCUUCAACACCGCGGACGUGCACCGACGUCUGAUGCUGCCCUGGCUGCAGUGCGCCCUGCUGCCCGACUGCGUGGCGCCGACGGGCGCGCAGGCCGGCGGCUGCCGCUUCAACAAGAAGCCGCACUACCGCUACUCGGGCUGCCACGGCUACGACACGAGCGCGCUGAACGUGGCGCUGGGUCAGAUGUUCCGGCCGGACGUCACGCCGUACAUCCAGACGGAGCGGCUGGAGCGUGCCGAGCUGCCGGACGGCCCGCUUGACCCGGCGGCCAACGUCACCGUCACCGCCACCACAACCACGACCCGGCCCUGACCGACUGGUGGGCGGCGGGGCUGCACUGAAGCCCGACCUUGACCGACGGGUGGGCGACGGGACUGCACUGAGGUCCGGCCCUGACCGACCGGUGGGCGGCGGGGCUGCACUGAAGCCCGGCUUUGACCGACCGGUGGGCGGCAGGGCUGUGUUGAGGCCCGGCCAUGACCGACGGGUGGGCGGCGGGGCUGCACAGAGGCCCAGCCCUGACCGAUCGGUGGGCGGCAGGGCGACAGGGCCCGGCCUUGACCGACCGGUGGGCGGUGGCGGGACUGUACUGAGGCCCGCCCCUGACCGGCUGCCGGACCGCGGAACUGCAUUUCAACACGGUCAUAAUGCUCCCGGCCGGAGUACAACCCUCCUUCUGCCGGUCGGGUUCAGCCCCGGAUACUCCCGAAGUAACCUCAGACGGGACAGGGUGGUAUCUGGGGAUGCCAGCGACGGAGCGGGUCCAGAUAAGGAGGCCUCGGCAUCACGCGGAGAUGAGCCCAGAUCAGGAGGCCGCGUCCGAUCGUGGGAGUGCUGUCAGGAACCGGACAUUGCCGUGGUGGCUUGCCUAACACUCCCAGUGGGAGCCGACAGUGAGCGUAUGUGAUUGCUCGGUUGUGAUUUGAUUUAGCGCAAUCUAGGUAGUUCAUCAGUGUGACGGCGGCCAGUAUUGUGAGUUCUAAUGAGUCGCUGCCGGGCGUCUGUCACUUGCUUUAACGCUUGUGUGAGAGGAUUGGUGAAAGUGGAUUUUUAGUUCUUUGGUGGAACGUAGGUUGGAUUGGUCAAGUGCGUAGCUGGUGUUGGCGUGAAUGUGAGAACUUUGGGUCGUUUGAAAAGUGGCUAGUCUCGUUCAUUUCAAUUUCAUUUGAAUCCAUAUUUCCAUGCCGUUUCGGAGCAGAAUCUGAACAGAACAUGGCUGAUCUGUGGGAAAGCGAAAACUUAAGUCAUAGUGCCUUUCCUUAUGCCAAAACGAAGCGGCGCAACGGAUAAAGAAAAAAAGCCUCAAGGGCGAGCGACACUUGGCAGUACAUAGCUUUUUUUCUUCAAAAUGUCACCGCGUGCCGUGCGAUUCAGUUAAGGACAUGGACAUUUGCGCGGUGUGAAAUUGUGUUGCCCAGUUUGCAUCCUGUUGCUGGCCUAAUCCGGCUCUGGAAAUGAAUGGGUUAUGUAUUCAAGACGUGUUCUGUGAAAUGUAUUGUUUUGAAUUGUGUGCCGAACAUAUUUAAGACAACUGCAUCGAACUUGAUUAUUUUUGCGUGUAUUCAUCAGCGCCAACAACUUCUGAAUACCCUUGAACAAGGUGGUGCUAGGUUUGGCAUAGAUAUGUGUUGGAUAUUCGCAGCGACUGCGAUGCUGACAAUAAUGCACAGUGUCUGAUCAA